UUUGUUGUUCAGGCUUAAUGAAGAGUCUAGAAGAAGAGACCAAGUUCAACACUUAUUUGGUCUCCGAGAAAUUUCCCAGAGAGCUGGAAACGAAGAAACAGUCCUUGCUUCUCCUGCAGAAAGUGGUGGCCGAGCCAGCCAUGGGCCAGUCGGAUCUCAACGAGUUGGAAACCAAAAUAAAGGAGGUCAAUGCCCAGAUCAACCAAUUAAUCGAGAAGAGGAUGAUGAAGUAUGAACCCGUCGAUAGCAAAUUUUCAAUGUACCGGCAACAGGCUUCCAUCAUCUCGCGGAAAAAAAACGCCAAGGCAGAGGAACUUCAGACCGCCAAGGAAGAGAUCAUCACCUUGGAAAGACAAAUGAUCCAGAAGUCGAGCCAGGCUCGGGAGCUGGAUGGGACAGAAGUCCUGAAAGGCGAUGAGUUCAAGCGGUACGUUAACAAACUCCGCAGCAAAAAUACCCUUUACAAGAAGAAGCGCCUGGAGAUAGCCGAGAUCACAGCCGAGUACGGCAUCCUGCAGCGGACGGAAGAGCUCCUGAAACAGCGGCACGAAGACAUCCAGCAGCAGUUGCAAGCCAUCGAAGACAAGAAAGGAAUCUCCGGCUACAGCUACACCCAGGAGGAGCUGGAGAGGGUGUCUGCCGUCAAGAGCGAAAUGGACGACAUGAAGGGCCGAACUUUGGACAACAUGUCUGACAUGGUGAAAAAACUGAACACCUUGGUAGCCGAUAAAAAGUCAAGCUUGGCCCCAAUCAUCAAAGACCUCAGGCAGCUGCGACAGAAGUGCCAGGAAUUAACCCAAGAAUGCGAAGAGAAGAAGUCCCAGUACGACAGUUGUGCCGCUGGUUUGGAAAGCAAGCGUUCGUCCCUGGAGCAGGAGGUGAAGAGCCUUCGGGAGGAGUGUUUACAGGAAGAAAGCAACUAUCACCAGGUCAACUGCAUGAAAAUGAUUUCCGAAGCACAGCUGCAGCGUGUCAAAGAGGAGGUGAAAAUGUAUGUUUCUUCGGAUCAACAGGAAAGAAAGAAGGCAGUCAGGUACAGAGGCCCCGGGAGUGGGCAUCUCUAUUAAAUCCAUAGUGGUUAGAUCAUCGGCAUUGACACAAUCCCCACCCGUCAAUUGCAAAAGGCAGCUUGACGCGUAACAGCUGACAUCCAGCAAGGAUACUGCGAACGCCCUCAAAACC